ACAGGUCGUUUAUUAGGUAUUUUUUAAUCCGACCAGAUCAAUAAUCGUGACCGAGAAUGUGAGGUCGACACAGCUGACGAGAAACGCCAUUCGCGUGAGUUAGGUAACUAAAAAGUGUUAAUUAUUUUCGAUUAAAAACUGGCUAUGGAAAUUUGUAAGAAUGCCGAAAUACACGGCGAAUCAAUUUGGUUCUUGGUUCGACCAACGUCUUAUUAAAGAUUUUAACGUAGCGUGGAAUCACCGCUGGUGGAAUUAAUUUUAAUCACGUUUGUUCGUGACAGAUAUGGAUGUACGAAAAUUAUUACUUGUUGCUGCUCGUUCUAUAGUAAUCUGCUCGUGUGAGCUUCUGUAAAUGAUGGCAAUGUUUUGUUUAAAAAAAUCGCGAACAGAAAAGGAGAAAAAGAAAUAGGAGAAUAUCGGAAAAUUGGGAAAAUAUUUUUGCAAUCAAUCGAUUGCUACGAUUCCGAAGGACUUUAUAUUAUAAUCUACAAUUCGAAGUAGCGAAAAUUAACACGUUGACGAUCGAUAAUUUGACAGAAAUUUUGCAAUAAAGUAGAACGUCACAAGCUUUUUGCAAUUAAUCCAGAUAUGCCUGAAUUUUUAACGUUGUGUCGUAUUUUAAAAUAAUUUCUUCUUGUUUUCUUUUUACUUGGGUGCAGAAUGGAACGUAUUAAUUAAACGUUUAUUAAUGUCCAAUCAUUUCAAAGGAUAUGGCGUUAUGUGGACAGUGGUGCAAAAAUUAUGAGAUAUAAUAAAAUUAUCUCGCAAUCAUCUUUGUAGAAGAAUAACGAGCACAUCUGUGUUAAGGCAAAAACAAGAAUUUUUAGAGUUUUCUAUGGAAUAUCUUGCUUUGCAUCACUUGCUAUUAUUAAUUCGAAUAAAUAUAAAGGAUUCUUGCUUUCUCCAUCCCUAUUUUCUCUUCUGUUAUUAAUAAUUGACUAGGUUGCUUCUGGCAUACGUAAUAUUACGCCAAUUAAUGUGUUAAUCCUCUAAAAUACUUCUAAAGAUUAAAGAAAUUAAAGAAAGUGGUUGAAGGGAGGAAUUCAAUUUUAUCUAAUCGCAAGGAGAUUAUGCUUUAUCACUGCAACGGCAGACUGCACGCCUCAGUGCAGAGAGAAAAUAAGCUCCGCGAGCUGAAUUGAAUCAUUGUAACGUAUCCGUCAUAUCGUCCGGCUGUAGCUUUCUCCGAUUUUUAUUUACUUCGUGCAUUACAAAACAAUCGAGAUGGAGAGAAAUUCCAGAUGUUCGAAGAAAAGUCAAUUAUAUUUCCAUUUUGUAAACAAAAAUUAAAUACAUUUAAUUAAUACAGCUAUCUGAAUUUCACAAACAUGAUGAAAAAGUUGUUAAAAAUAAUUACAAUUAUGUAAAUAAUCAAAUAAAUUACUUUUAGUAAAAUAAUAUUCACAAUCAUUUUAUGUUUAUGGUAAAAUUUAACAGAUCUUUUAUAUUCGAUAUCUAGAUUUAUUAAAUAAAAUGUAUGUUUGGAAUAUUUCUCUUCGCAGAUUCCCAAGUUCAUUUGCGUUACAUUUUUAAUAUGCACCGUAUAGUCCUUAAUGAUAUUGCAUGGUCGCGUUAAAAUACUUAUUAAUUAGUUCGAAAAAGAAUGGCUAAUAGAGAAAAUUUCCCAGCUUCGAAAUUUUUCUCUGAUUAUUAUAUUUUAUUAUAAAUUUGUAUGAAACUAUCAGCAUCAGAGAAGAUUACAUACUUGGUUACGACGAGACACGUCAAUAUCUAUGUAACAUCUUGACAAGGGUCAACACGAUUUUCCAUCGUGUCGUCAAUGUACAGUCGAUUAGAUCUUUCCAUUUUUAAUUUGCUAAUAAACGUUCUUUAAGCUAUCUGUCUACUAAUUGGCUGUUUGUAGAUUAAUUAUCGUUGACUUUAUUCAAUUACUUCCUACAGGAUAAGUUGGAGAUUUUUACCCUCUUUCUACAUAAGAUAUCCUGUUGUAAUUCUUAAUUAAAUUUUAAUGAUGUGAAUAACGAACAUUUAUGAAUUAAACAUAAUUAUCAUUAAAAUUCUGUACUUGUCUUUACAACGUUCUUUGGUUAUGAAAUUAUUUAAAGUCAAACUUUGCUUUCAUUGUUAUAUACGAUACUUUACUUUCUAAUAGUAAGAACAUUUAAUAAAUAAACACGAAGUUUCGAUAUCGUAAAAAUUGUAUCAUACAGCAGGACUUGUUCUUUACGUAACUCUUUUUUUCUUGCUUCUAUGAAAAUCUUUAAUUACGAAAUUGUAUAACGUUGUACCACAUUGCUUAAAAUUAUAUUUCUUCAGUAUUUUUCGAUAAAGGAGAAAUUGGAUAAUUAAAAUACAAGUGUCUUACGACUUGGUAAGGACGAAACGCAGCACUUUUCUCUUCUUUUGAAGUUUGGUUUAUGCAAUCAAGAUCUUUUUCUUUGGUAUAAUGAUUAACGUGCGAAAGGAUUGUACGACUAAUAACACAAUAGAAUGGCCAACUCUUCGAUGGUUACAACACUUUUAAAGCAUAGCUUAUCUGUAAUCGAUCGUAUUAUCAGCACUUCGUGGUUAUUUACCUCGAGAUACCUUUUUCCGAACAAUAUUAGAUUUAUGAUAAUAGAUAUAUACAUUUUGUGUACUUUCUCCGAGAAGAUACAUUCAACACUGAUUAAGGAUAUUUCCAGAAGGAUGAAAAGAGGUUUGCUUCUAGAGAAAGACAAAUGUGCAAGAUGUUAUAAAUUUUUUAAUAGCUAGACGAUAUGAUUUUAUACUUUUAAAGACUGAUAUUUAAGUGUCAAAUGUUUUCUUAAUGACGUAUAGUUAUGCUAUAAUGAAAAUUCUUUUAAAGUUGUCGAAAGUUUCAAUUGGAUUAUUUUUUGACGAUUUAUUUAUAAUUCCUUUAAUACAAACUUCUCCUUACUUUACGUUUUACGAACAUAACUCGAACACUUUAUAACAGAAUUUUUUAAACUUAUCGACACAUUUUAGGAAAUUAAUUGUUCUUUUCUUAAUUGAAAUUGAAAUUUUUCUAAAAUUUGUAAAUUAAACUUUCUUAGAAUUUUCAAAUUGACUAGCGAUAUAAAUAAUGCAAUAUAAAUGAGAAACUUUAAUAUAAAACAACAAAUACAAGGACAGAUACACGUCUGUUUAGGAAUUCUAAAUACUCUGACUAGAAAUUAUCAGACUAUUAUCAAAAUUGAAGUUCAAUUAAAGUUCAGAUACUUGCUCAGAAGCCUGGUGAACGCGAAACUCACCUAAUCAGCAUCCUAUCUCACUUCGAACGUUACUUGUAAUUACCAAGUGUGUUUCAACAGAACGUCAAAUUCCACCUAACUUUAGAGCGUUCUGAAACAAUACCCUCCGGACGCAUUAUCAUCGUCCAACUCUAAAUAUCAUCCUCUUUCAAACAACAACAAAACUCCCCAAAAUUCCCACGGGCCAUUUCGACGUAAACCAUUAAAUUUCCAUUCAAUAAGCAUAUUAAUAAAUUCAGAUAAACCAUUGCAAGCUACACGCACCCAUUACGGUCGAAUUAUUAGAUCGAUCGGGAUGCUUUUGCCUUUUUUGUUCUUAGAAAACAAAGAAAUCAGUUGCCUUAAUUGAACUUCAUAUAAAUGGUACAUCAAACAGUAUAGGACAUAUAGAAUAGCAUAAAGAUGUUUAUAAACUUGUGAAAAUACUAGUAAAUGAUACGAAUAAUCUGAUAGUAAAAUUGAAAAAUUCAAUUGCGAUGAUAUAAACGAAGUACUAAUAUGAAUAUUUAAAUGAACAUAAUAUAACGUUAUAUUACAUUGCAUAAUUAGGUAUUUACCUAAUAAAAUAAAAUACAGUGGUUACAAAAAUUAUUCGUACACCACUGUAUUAAUUUCCUGUAGCAUUUAUAUAACUAACUAAUUAAGUCCAAGUUCAUUAAAUUUCAUACCAGUUAGUAACAUCUUCAUACGACCAGAAAAAUUCGAUGCUACUAAAAUGAAACGUACUAUGAAACAAAAAAAAAAAAGAAAGAAGAAAUUUUCUCGUUAGAAAAUAAGGAUACGUACAAAUGCCUUUUACAUCUACUGUAAUACAAAAUGAAAAAAUCAUUGGGAAUAGCGUCUAGCUGCCGGAUCUUUCCGUGGUCGAAGGCAAGUUCGGGGUCGAGCACCUUUUUGCACCGGCUAUCUUCCAGGAAAGUGGCGCCUUUCUCGCGGCGAAAGAGGUCGGUGGAGAGGGCCACGACGGCGGCGGCGGCGGCACAGCGAAUGUGGAGUAGAAUCGCAUUACGAGCAGGCUGAGUAACGGAGCGGGCGCGGAGCAGAGCGUAUCGCGUGUCGUCUCCUCGUUGACGAGCGGUGUUCUCGCGCGGAAUAUUCCUAGUGCUCGUCAGUCGCGUGCUGACCAGCCAGCUUACCGUGCGUACCGCUCGAAAGUCUUCUCGCACCGAGUCAGCUGUCUCGUGUCCCAAUUUCAAAUUCAUCACAGAAACUCUUCGCGAUAAUUGAUACAACGAUUCUCGAUCUCAUCCACGUGUCGAAUCUAUACGAUAGAAAUCGAGAAUUUAGCAUACGAUUGUAAUAUAACUUAUAAUAUAAUCCUUGAUAUUAUAACACAACGUAAAAAUUAUAUAUACGCAUUAUUAAGAAAUUUACUUACGAUUAGAAAGACGACGAUCCGUACAGGUAUAUUUGAAGUGAAGUACAUGUCCGAAUGGUCUAGUUGAUCGAUUAUGAACGGUUAACGAGGACGAGGAACGCGUGUGCGAACGAUCGAUCGAAUCGGCUCGUAGGGUGGCGUUGGAAGUUUCAGUGAUCGAUUGGAACGAUAACGCGGCGUGGAUCCGGCUAACCGGUCGAAGGGAGGAACGUACAUGAGCUCGAUCGACGUUCGUUGCUUCUUGAUGAGUCGCGUUCGACCGUCUCGGAUCUGAGGAUCCGAUCGACGUCGAAGGGCCCCGCAUUGUACCCUCGAUUGAACUUCGACAGGGUGGAGAGAAGAAACGGGCGUACAUGAUGCUGAACGACAACUCGUGGAAACACAGGCGGGUGCCUGUCCCAAAGAGGACCAUCGAGCUGAUCGCUCUUAUCGCGAUUUCCAGCACCCUUUUCCUCUUUUUGCACACAAGAGAGCUGCACUCGCGUCUGCGAAAAAUGGAAGUUCGCCUUCAACCUGGCGAAGACGAGAUCCUGUCGGCAAAUCAACUCUCAUCCGGAGUGCAAACUGAUUCUAGUCCAAGUGGAAUCGUCCAUUACCCAAACAGACAUCGUAUCUUCGCAACAAAGUACAAAGAAACUGAAGUGUUGGACAUUGACGCACUCAACAACACAAAAAGAGCGGACCGCAGCGUCCUGUUCUUCAAUCGUGUACCGAAAGUGGGCUCUCAAACCUUCAUGGAACUCUUGAGAAGGCUGUCCAUGAGGAAUGGCUUUUCCUUCAACAGAGAUCGUGUGCAAAGAGUCGAAACAAUUCGUCUUGCGCCUAUCGAACAGCUACAACUCGCCAGGAUGGUCAGCAGCUAUUCAGAACCAUCUGUCUAUAUAAAACACGUGUGUUUCACAAACUUCACAGAAUUCAACCUGCCACAGCCAAUUUACAUCAACAUAGUCCGGGAUCCUGUUGAGAGAGUGAUAUCCUGGUACUAUUACGUGCGAGCACCUUGGUAUUACGUCGAGAGAAAGCAAAUAUUUCCAGACCUACCACUGCCGGAUCCGAACUGGCUGAAGAAGGACUUCGAGUCCUGUGUACUUAAGGCGGACCGUGAAUGUAGAUACCUCGAGGGUGAAAUUCACGAGGGAAUCGGCGAUCAUCGCAGGCAAACGCUUUUCUUCUGCGGUCACAGCGAGAAAUGCACCCCGUUCAACACAGUGGGCGCACUGGAACGAGCGAAGAUGGCAGUGGAGAAACACUAUGCGGUCGUCGGAGUGCUCGAGGACGUAAAUACCACUCUCACGGUAUUGGAAAAUUAUAUACCCCGAUUUUUCCGAGGGGCCACCGACGUCUACUACGAUGAGGUGAACGCGUUCACGAGGAUCAAUCGAAACUUCUUCAAGCCACCAGUCAGCGAAGAAGUAAAGGAUAUAGUGCGAAGCAAUUUCACCAGGGAAAUCGAAUUCUAUCAGUUCUGCAAGCAACGACUAUACAAACAGCUGAGGGCAUUGAAGUUGACCAAAACCACGCCUCUGUACGAAAGCAAUAGCUUGUAACUAUUUGCAAUGUGUUUAUUCGAUCCGUGAAAGUAUCGAGUAACUCGUCGAAUUUUCUUUUAACUAUGUGAGAAUUUUCCUUCGAGGAAGUCGGUAAAGAGCGAAGUAUCGAAGACAUCGGGAACGUUUGAUAAUUUGUCGAAUUUUCUUUUGAUAAUGGAGAAUAGAAUCGAAGAAUUCUUACGGAUGUCGAAAGUAUGUAAUUCGUCGAAAAGGUUGGAGAAUGUUGAAAAUGAUAAAUAAUUUGUGAAAAAGAUUGAGAGCGUUAAGAAUGAUAAACGAUUCGUCGAGAUGAUUUAGGAAGUUAAAAAUGAUAAAUAACUUGUCGAAAAAGAUCGAGAACAUCGAACACGAGAAAUAAUUUGGUCGAAUUAUCGUUUGAUAGACGUCGAUGCAGGAAGAAUCUCAAAGAUGUUCGAGUUGGCCUCGAAAUUUUGGUGAUGUUAGCGACAAACGUAUGUCGAGUAAUAGGCGAUAACGAUUAGACGCAGAUGUAAAUGUUUAUCAGAGAAGCCACUUGCGCAUGGAAGCGACGUUAAAAGAGAAAUCGAAGGAAAAAGAGAAAUUAGAAUCAUUGCCUUUAAGAGAGGAUCGUGGCAGAUUCUCUUGAUUUAAUAUCUUUAAAUAUAUUAAUAAAUCGAUCAGCGUGAUGGAUCGUAACGAACGAUUGUUCCAGUAAGCAAUAUUUUAUGUGAUUCACGACAGUGAGUGCUUUCAAUUCAGGACGCUUCGAUCGAGUGCCUAUUUUUUUAUUUUGUGAUCGUUUUCCCUGUAUAAUCGCGUAGCUUAAGAUAAACGGCGAUAUAAUCGCUGAACUUAAUUAUACGAACGAGAGCAAGUACUUACGAGACGAGGCAUUAAGAAAUAUUUAUUUAAAUAUUUAAAUAUUUAAAUAAUUGAUGGGAUGUUAUCGGUUAUUGCGUAAAGAAAAAGAUGCAACGAGUGUUUCUGAACGCGCGACAUCUUGGCGCUAUUUAGAUCGCUUCUUUCGUUGAUAAUCCAUUGAAGAACGUUGUAAAGACUGAUGAGGAAGACAAGGAGAGAGAGAGAGAGAGAGAGAGAGAUUGCUUUUUAUCGAAGAAUACUUAAUUAUUUGCAACGACAGAAGCACACAGGGUAACCAUUAGGGUAUUGCUUUCCAGACGACAUAGCCGUUUUUUAAUGUCGACUUAAGCCGUUUUUUAAUGUCCACUGUUUUCCUUCCUUUUUUUCGUAAUAAACAGCUGCCAUUUUCGAACAACGCAAUUUCUUUUCUUUUUUCUCCACCUGAAUUCUACUCGACACAUUGGUUGCUACUAAAAUAUAGUGAUCUCUUUUCCAACUAAUGUACAGCUUUUUAAAAUGAAAAACAUCUCUAGUUUAAGCAAGUUUAAUGUCAUUGUUUUGUAUGCCUUUCUGACUGUAAACUAUUUUGUUAGGACGCAUGAAAACGAAAGAGCAACAGUUACGUCAUUAACGUUACUGAAAGUCUGACAAUUAAAUUUUAAAUAAGAAAAUUGCAGUUAAGUAUUUAGAUAAUUAAAUUGACGUAAUUGCGCCAGUAGCAACGAAUGUGUUAAAUGUGUAAAAAGGAUUAAAAAUUAAUUUUAGGUGUCUUUCGUUAGUAUGAAGUACAAUGUAGAACAUCUGAAGUUUUCCUCUCGUGUAAAGAUAUUAUUAUAUCAUUCUUAUCGACAAGAGAAACAUAAAGUUACUAUAAGAAUUCUUUUUUCCCAAUCUAUAACGAUAUCCAUUUAUUCUUACUAUGGCGAAAGGAUGUGAUACAAAUGAAAUUUCUGUCUGCUUCUAUAUGAACGUUUACUAUACAUAUACACUCUGCGACAAAACUACAAAGCAUUUAUGGAGAGAGAAAAAGAGAUUUUAAUGAAUAAUAUCAUAUACAUACAUAAUUUUAUAGAAUCACUAAAGUACCAACGAUUGAACUACUUCAGUAAAUAGAUGUAUUGCGAUAAAAAUAUUUGUAAUAAUACCAAUUUUGAUAGAGAUUAUUUACAAUUGCUGAUUUCUCAAUGAAAAACAGUGCGACGAAACUACGAGACACGGAAUACUUUUUUGCAAAAUGAAUGGAAAUUUUUAUUUACUUAUUAAUAGCGUGUAGUACCAUUUUUGUUUCUCGUAACUUUUCAUAAUCUUCGGAUCCGGCGAUCUGGCGAGCCAUGAUAAUACUUCAAUAUCUUCUGUUUCCAAAUUUAACGUACUUUGCUUGAAUCGUCGUGAUUUAAAAAAUAAAAUUUUCUACAGCCAUUUGACAGACAUAUUUGAUUAACAGUUCUUGGAUUCUUUGAAUAUAUAUUUUACUAUUCAUUUUAUUAGAAACAAACUUGAUAUUGCUCUUAUCAGUGUAAUUUAUAGCUGUCCACACCAUAAUACCUCCUCCAUCAAUUUGCCUUUCCUGUUCAAUAAGAUUUUGUUUUCUCACCCACCAGGAUGUUUCUUCAAGCACAUACAGUUUCUUAUUUCUUUUAGACGGUGGAUGCGCGCUAUUUCUGCCAAUGAAACCAUCCUUUUCUUCUUCUUUUUUUUACGAGUUACCAAUUAGUUUGCUUCGACGAGGCAUUUCACAAUCAGAGUGUAUUUAAUACCAGAAAUAACAAUCGCCAUAAGAUAGCACGUUCAACAAUAUAAAACCAAUUACCGCAGCGAAAAUCACACGAAUCACUUUUUACUACGUUCUCAUCUCGUUAGCAAACAACAACCAUCUUACAAUUUUGUCGCGGAGAGCACAACAUGUUUACGUGCAUUGUCUGAAUUCUUGGAAUUAUAGACUUUGGUAUUUCUGUAUAUAGAACUGAACAGUAUGCUUCCACAUGUAUAAAGCAAACAAUAACACUAUGAACGAAGGAGGAAGAAAUCAGCGAGUUCUAAUAACGAGCCAAGUAUAAUCUCCCUCGAUUCUCGUGUAUAUCAUAGUUCUGUCGCGGAGUGUAUUAGACUUGCUUAUAAAGUUACUUCUACUUCGACAUAAUUAUAAGCAUAAAAGAAUAGAAGAUUAACAAUCUAAUUGGAUUUUCAGCAGUUGCGAAAUUACAAAGUUAAAAGAAAUAUUUCUUAAUUAUUCUAAUUAUUUGUUCAUCCUUUUCUUUGUUACCAUAGUAUUCCCUUUAUUCAUCAUACUUUAUUUUUAAAAUACGGAGAUUAUUCAUUCAUUACAUGACUGUUAUUGCUCGAAAUAAAUAGAACAUCGUAGUCGAAGUUUGUUACUCACUUAGUUUGGAUAAGUUGGUAAUUAAUAUCAGUACCUAUGAUUAAUAUAAUUCAGAUUAAAAUAAUGGUAAUAAGAAAGACUGUGUAAAAGGCGAAUGAUCGAACAAGCAAGAAACAUAGAAUAGAAUAAACCGAUUUUUACUAGUUCCACAAAAUCUUCUUCUGGCACGUAGUCUUUGUAUCGCACGUUCUUUAAAUGGAAAAUUAGAGAGGAUAUUGAUAUCGUCUUCGAAAGUCGAGAAUAAUAUAUAAUUAAUUUAAUCGUUUGUCGAACAAUAUCGUGUGUCCGGCUAUAACUUCGCGACAAAACAUUUGUGAAUUUUAUUUAUAAGCCAACGGCUCUAUAGCAAACAAUUGAUUGCUUUAAAAAGCGUAACGCAAUCGACGAUAAUUGUGUCAGGCCAGAUUACGACUGUAACUAAAAUUCACUGGAAAACAUAUCGAAUUCGCCACCAACAACGUUCGUGCCGUGUAUUACGAAUAUAGAUUAAGUUUCCAAAAGCUACAACGCUUGUGCAAUGCAAAACAAUGCAAACUCGAUACACGAGCUAAACUUGGCACCGCUGAAAGUACUCUAAAAAUACACGUGGAAUGUUGGCCUAACCGGAAGGUAGAGUUCAAUUAUUUUCAACCGCUCGAUUAUUCUGUAGCUUGCGACGAAAAAUUAUACUACGAUUUGCUGCUUUGUAUAGAAACGAACAAAAUGAAUAAAAUGAUAUUUGCCGUUGUUAUACAUAAUCGAGAAGCUCAGUGUACAAGGUACACACGUUGUAAUGGAAAUACAGAGACAUAACAAUUUGGACAUUUUGAUGGAAAGUUAAAUUGAAUAAAAUGUUAUUGGCUCAAUUCUUA